UCUUGUUCAACAGGAAUAAUUUUCACAGAGCGAGAGUUGUAGCCAAAAUGGCGGCGCGGUGGGGAGCAGGCGAGGAGAUUUUAGCUGCCUGCAACAUGGAAUUUUUCUCUACAAAUACACUAGACGAGGUGGUGAAUCUCCAUGGGGGCCUGUCCAUUGAUAGCGUGGCCAGACUGGAGCUGGAUACAGGAGAGGCUCUGGAGGCCCUCCACUGCUGUUUGGACCCCUCCAUACUGUCUAUCUUUGAGGACACACCCACAGGAGAGAAUAAAGUUGGACUUGAUGAGGAGAACCAGGCUACGCUGCUCACAGCUUUGACGGAGAUCCUGGAUAACGUGGACGAUGAGAACCUAUCCCACUUUGACACACUGCCAGACUCUGACCUACUGUCUGGCCAGAAAGACCGGGAACACUCGCCGCUGAGGAGACUGCUGUGCUUGUCCCACUCGCCUCCAGAGAGGGAGACACUCUGCAACACACGACAGUUCUCCACUGGAAAGAGUCUCCCCAGGACACAGAAGUCUGUCCAGAGGAGUGACGGAGAGGAGGAAGAGGACGCAGAGCAAAAGCUCCUGAACUGGGAUGGCCUGAAUCUGCCUCUCCCUCUGGAGCAGCACAUGGAGGAAGAGGGCGAGGAUGGAGAGAGCAUGUCAAUGAGUUUAGGAGAGCUGGUCAGACACAUGCACCCCUACUGCAUGGCCGUGUGCGUGGAGAAUGGAGAAGAGGAAGAACAGAUGCUGGCAGAGAAUAGGGUACUGCUGGAGGUGGUGGACCAGGGAGAGCAUGGAGAAACUAUAUUUGCCCUCCCAGAUAUGGGCCUCUCCCUCUGUCAUCCCUCUUUCUCCCUGCCUGGAGUAGAAGACUUGUCCGAAGCGGAGCAGAGGGUUCCUGAUGAAGUUUUGGAGGCUGCCAUUUUGGAGACGCCAGAGUCUGCGAAUGAUGAUGACGUCGUAGUUGACGAUGCCCCAGAAGAGGUGGCCGGCCCUUCUGAUCCCGCCACGACCCUGAGGUCAGAGGCAAGGGGUGAGAAGGUCAUCAACAGAAGACCAAAGGAGGAGACUGCAGAGAGAUGUCCAUUUCGAAGGAAAAGGAAACGGAAAAACAAAAUGGAGAAUUCACCUGCUGAGGUCAUACCUGAACCUGACCAGGCAGAGGGGAGAGUCCUGAGGAGCGGGACUAAUGGGAGAGCAGCCCAGGAAUCCUCGCCCUGGAAGCCUGUCAAGGAGACAACCAAACCAGAGAAGAAGAAAAAGGACAAGAACGAGUCAUUAACUUCCGCCAUCUCAUUAACGGCCGCCCCCGAGGCCCCAAAACACAAGAUGAGAGUGACACACGCUGCCGAAACACAACGCGCACAGCGGCAGAGCCAUGUGGAAGUCACCACCAAAACACUACCCACACAACCCAGCAUUAAGGUCAUCCCUGCCUCUGACCCUGUGUUAAAAGUAAUGUCCUCUGACCUGUUGCCAAUGACUAUGACCCCCAAAAAGGUUCCCCCAGCUUCUGCAGCUAACCCAACAGCCUACCAGAUGAUGGACGCCCCCCAGGCAAUGACAAUCAACCCUCCCAGUGCCAACCCUGUAUCAGUGGCCCCUCAGGCAACGAUGCAGCCCAACGUUGCCCCUCUAGUCGCCCCCCAGGUGAUCCCCCAGCUCACUGAGACCCCCCAGGCUAUUGAACCCAAACCCAAGCCCCUGUCCCUCCAGCAGUACCGGCUGCUGCGCCAGCAGAAGAAACCGGCCUCCCUAGAGAGACUGGAGGACCCGAGCACCAAGUGGCCCAUCCUCCUUGAGGCCCCUACAGAGCUGCCCCCCAUCCCCUGCCUCCCCACCCCCUCCUACAGAGACCCCCAUCGCCCCCACCCCUUCCCAGGGAAGAAUGAAGUGGAGGAAGUGAAAUCAGCCUGGCAGCCCAUGGGACCAGGAGCACCUCCUACACCUGAAGCCCUGCUGGUGCCUCCUGCUUACAUGCAGGCCUCCAAAUCAUAUUCCCCUAGCAAGGUUGCUAGUCCAAAUGCAGCCCUUACCACCCCUCCCCAGCAAGCGGCUGUUCCUACUCCACAGCCAUCUAAAGCUAGCCAACUCCAGCCCCCAAUCUCUGCUGUGCCUGCAUCCAGUACUGUGAAGGUGGUACCACCCCAGACCCCCUCCACCAAGGCCCAGACCCCUUCUGUGAAGUGUUGUAUACCCCAGGCCUCCCAGCCUGCACUCUCUAACCCCCUGCUCCAGUCUCAGCUACCCUCCUUGAAGCCUGUGGCCCUUAUCAAAUCUCUGAGCUCCAGUGGAGCCUCUUCUAAAACCACUACAGAUGCCCACAGGCUCAUCUUAAUUGCUGCUAUACCCCAAGAACCCACCCCCGUCGCUGUUACUGUACCCGAGAAAACUUUAAACCCCACCACCGCUGCUGCUGUUUCUGUCCAGAAACCUACCCCUGCUGCUCCUCUGAAGGUGGCUACUACUCUCCAGAAGGGAGUAGUUUCUCUGCCCCAGCCUAGGGUGCCUGAGCUGCCUACAGUUACUCCUGUGUCUACCCCAGCCAAGCCCUCCAACGCCCAGUCCUUCAAACCUCCAGUGAGGUGUUCUCCAGCCCAGGAGGACCCCAAAGCGAGUCCUACUCCGGAGCUGAUGGAGGCCUUCACCAGUGAAAUCGGUAUUGAAGCUGCAGACCUCACCAGCCUGCUGGAGCAGUUUGAAGAGACGCAAGCUAAAGAGGAGCAGUGUGUUCCGGAGGUCUCUGGUAGAGCAGCCGCUGUAGGAAACUCUAGUGUGGCGCAGCCAUUUGACAGGACCACUGUGGAGAGAGUCCGAGCACAUGACCUGACCAGCACUGCAGGUCUGACCCCUCCAGCUACCCCUCCUCACCAGAUGUGGAAGCCCCUGGUCCCCGUUGCCCUCCUUGGGAAGAGCCGAGCCACUGAGGCCCCCAAACCAUCGCCCUCCAAGGCCAUCCAGAUCGACGCACGGCCCCUACCCUCCAACAAGUUCCGGAGCAAGCCCCCCAGCCCCGCUAUAACUCCCAACCCAGUAUCUCUCACCCUGGCCUUCUCAGACCACGACUACUCCCUCCCUGAGAAGGAGCCCAUGGCUAUUGCAGGAGAGCCAGGCAAGCGCUGGAAUGUCAAACAGCAAGCAGCCAUCACCAUCAAGACCAUCGAGCCACUUAGCAGCAACACUACCAGGGCACCCCAGAGGAUCCCUUCCCCCUCCCUCCAAACCCUCACAACUGCCCUGGGUACGAAGACCCAGCAGGCCCCACUAGUUCCCCAGCCCCUGGAUGUAAGGACUGACAGGACUAGCUCUGUGCUGGAGACCCCUGAUGCCUCUCCCACCAGGCUGAAGGACCAGGCUGGUCCCCUGGAGAGGAGUCUCAAGAAAGGGAGGUCAUCCCGGGGCUACAAUACUACCUUCUCCCCCAGGCCUAGCCCCAGCCCCAGGGAAGCAAAGCGAGGAAGGAAGAGUAAAAGGAGAAUCCACUGUUCCUCCAGCCCUGGCUCUACUGGCUCAGAGUCAGACUCUCACUCCUCUUCUCCGUCUAGAUCUCGCUCUCCACCCAGGAAGAGGUACAGGCCUCGUCACUCUGAGAGCAGCUCCAGUGCCUCGUCUUGCUCCUCCCGCUCCUCCUCUCCUUCCCUGGCCCACUUUCCGAGGCACCGGCGAUAUUCCUACUCCUCUUCCCGAUCAGGAUCCUGGAGUAGGUCCCGUUCCCGCUCUCCCCACAGACGGGCGUGGAGCAGAGGCAGCAGACAACGCAGCCCCUCUUUCAGAUCAGUCUACCGGCCUGAAUCUAGAGAAAACAUUGAGGUGGUGAAGAGACUCAAAGAGAAAGCUAUCGAGGAGCGUAGGGUUGUUUACGUAGGGCGAAUCCGAGAGACAAUGACUCGUAAAGAGCUGAAGGAACGCUUCUCUCUGUACGGAGAGAUUGAGGAGUGCACUCUACAUUUUAGAGGCCAUGGGGAUAACUAUGGGUUUGUGACCUACUACGAUACGAAGGAUGCGUUCACGGCCAUCGAGAACGGCGGCAAGCUCCGUAAGCCUGACGAACUCCCCUUUGACCUCUGCUUUGGAGGAAGGAGACAGUUCUGCAAGACGAGCUACGCUGAUCUAGAUUCUAACCGCGAGUAUGACCCAUCGCCCGUGACUGGCAAGUUUGAUGCCCUUGACUUUGACACUUUACUGAAGCAGGCCCAGAAGAGGUAACAGAGGUCAGCCCACUGGGGGCACCAUGCUAAGACUAACCUCAGAGCCGUCGGCAGGCUCCUCCCACCUUCAUCGCUGGCUUCGCCUUGACCGAGGGGUGGAUCACAACGAACGGUUGAUACGUUAGCCAGCUAACAUUUUUAUAAACAUGCAGAUAUAGAUAUUUUCUGGUUCAUAGAAAAGCUACAGUUUUAAAGCUGCAAUCAGAAAAACUAUGAAGUAAUAGAACCUUACAUUUUGGGUUAAGGCAUUGUACGAAGCUAAUAAGGCAUAGUUAUAUUCAAGAGUCAAAUGUAAUCGAUGUCAUUGAUUGAAGCAAUAUCAUAUCUGAAUCAUCAUUAAUCAAACUGUUGAAUUGAGGAAGUCUGCUGUUUUUAAUAUGGGUUGUUUAAGUGUGAAAUAAUUUAUGCCAUGUUCAUUUCAAGCCUGUAUCUUAAUGAACUCUGAAAUUUUAUUUCUGAAUGUUUCCACAUGUUAGCUGGCUAACACAUUUUCCUGCUUUGUGAUAUACAGUGCAUUCGGACACCUUGACUUUUUCCACAUUUUGUUACGUUACAGCCUUAUUCUAAAAGUGAUUC